AUGAAUCAUCCAGAUCACUCGAUCGGAGACGCGACCGCUGGACCAGAUAAGACUACCGGUGGCGUAUCCCGACUGGCUGGCCUCACUUUCGGAACAGACGAGGAUAAUCAGCCCAAGAACAGCAACGCCGACCCCGAUCCAGAUCACACCCAAGACACGGAUGGAAUGAUGAACGAACUUGACAGCUAUAUCACCCAGAAACAUCCCAGGAAAUCAGCCGCACACCUCAAUGAUUCUGCUGCAUUCAUCAUCAGUCCACUCAGCAGUCCAGAAAACUCUAGGCUCGAACGAGCCAACUCUAGCAACUAUGCCAAAAAACUCUCGCCCAGUCGAAGACCUCUAAAUUCUGGCGAUCCAAUCCGUGGUGGAGGCAACCAUCUCACCUUACGAGAGCAGGAAAAAGUGAUCGAUGAAGUUAAAAAAGAAAACUUCAAUUUAAAGUUGAAGAUAUACUUUUUGGAAGACAGAUUGGCAAAGCUGGCACCAGAUCAGGUCGACUUAGCCCUGAAGGAGAACGUCGAAAUCAAGGUCGAAUUUCAAACCGUCCGACAAGAGCUGAAACGAUACAAGCGCUUACUACUCGAAGCAGAACGCGCAAUCGAGUUAGCAAAGACCGAACGCGACGAACUGCUCGAGCAAAAGUCAUUGGCGGAGGAGAGAACCAGCUCUGGAUUACAAGCCGAAGUAAGGAAGGCAAGAGAUGAAUUGGCGCUCAAGGAUAAGUCGAUCCAGAGCCUGGAAAGCGAGCUGCAGAGGCUCAAAGAUCGAUUGGAACGCUUUUCUUCCAGAGAUACCCCAUCCAAGAUCGUUUCUAGUCACGCCCGAAAUCAUGCUCGCCAUUCGGUCUCUAAUCAAUCCGUCGAUGAAUGGUCCACUCAAGAACAUAUGAUGGAGAUCAAAAACCUCAAGAACGAGUUGACUGAAGAGCGUCAGUUGAAAGAAGACCUUCUCGGCGACAACCAAGAUUUGAGACACCGAUUGAUCGAGACCAAGAAUGCCUUACAAGAUACUCAAGACGAGAUCCAGCGAAUCAGCCGAGUCGAAGAACAUGGCUAUCGAAGUCAUCAGAUCAGUAGAGCCCAAAGCAGAUUUGAAGAAGAUCCCGACGACUACUUAAGUUCCGGCCGAAAAUCAACCCUCACAUCGAUCUCAACCGGGGGCGUCUCCAACCAAAAGGUGAUCAAAGAAUUCAAAAGAGAGAUCCAAGACUUGGAGAAACAGCUUCGUGAAUUAGAAAACGAAAAUAUCGAAUUAAGAUCUCAAGUCAAUGCUCAAGUGAAGAUGCUCUCGACAAAGAACUCAGAGAAGGAUAAGCUGCAAGAUCAAGUCAGCAAUCUCAAGAGGAAGGUCCUCGAUUUGCAGGACGAGUUAGACCAAGAUGCUCGCGAGUUUCAAAAGAUUCAGCAAGCCGGUAACACCAGUCUCCAUGAUCAAGCAGCCGAUGAAGUGCGAGAGGAAUUGAAUAUGUAUCGAGAUAAAUCAGCGUCUGCUCUAUUGACCCUGGAAAAAAGAGAGAAAGAAGUCGAUGAACUGAAUGCCGAAUUGGACGAUCGAGAUGCGAUUUUCAACGAUGAAGUUCAGAAAAUCACUAACCAAUAUAACCGUGAGCUCGAUGCUAUCAAAUCUGAAAGAGAUGAAUUCCAAGAGGUACUGAAUGAACGGGAAGAUCAAAUUGCCGAACUCAGCGAUCAGCUAAGGGAAGUCAUCAAUUUACAAGAGGAAACGGACAAAUCCUUACGAGAAGCAAAAAGCAGGCUGAAAGAGAAGGAAAAAGAUUAUAACUCUGUCCUUCAAGACCUGGAAGCUGCGCAAACUGAUCUCAAAGAGAUUGGGGGCGGCAAUCGAGAACUCGCCGCGGAAGUUAACGAGAAAGACCAGCAAAUCAACGAGCUCAAUGCUGAGUUGGAUGAACUGGAGCAAGAAGCAUCAAACCGCGCGACAGUUCAUGAGCAAGUGGUUGCAAAGCUGAAACAGAAAUUAAACAGCACCAAAACAGAACUUACCGAGCUUUCGAUCCAACAUGAAUCAUGUUUAUCCGAGUUAAAAUUCUUGCAAGACAAGCACGAAGAACUUCAAUUAAGACAGGCGGAGAUGGAGGAGCGACGGAAGCUUGAAUCGGAUCAUAAGCGCAGAUUAGAGAGAGAACUUGAUGAUCUUGAGCGCGAAUUACGCGGGACUCGAGAGGAAAUGGACCUUCAAAUCAUCGCUUCUAGGAAGGAGAAACGGGAACUCCAGUCUUCCCUUCAGCUUACGCUUGAUGCCAAACAAAAGGCCUUGUCCCAAGCCGAAAGUGAUAUAGCCAACCUCAAAGGGAAACUAGAGAUCCGAGAAGAAGACAUCGAGAAACUGGAAAAUAUGUUGAAGCGAUUGGAAAACGAAUCCAAUCAGAUCAACCAAUCCCAGUCCCACGAUAAGUUCUCCUUGGAACUCGAAAUCGAACGGAUCCAGAGAGACCUGCUCAAUUCUAAUCAAGAAGCUCAAGCCCUCAAAGACCAAAACGCUUCCUUCAAGAACCAAAUCUCUAAAUUCCAGGCAACCAUCUCCAAUUUGAAUUCCGAGAAAGACGAAUUGUUCGAUAAGUUGCAAGGUGUGCAACGCGCUCGGGAUUCACUGAAUGAGAAGUACGAGGAACAGACUAAGAACCUUCGAGAAACUCGAAACGAUCUAUCGGUGACCAAGAAUCGAUUGCAAUCUCUCGAAGAUGAAUUAGCUUCCGAUCACUUGCAGCUGAACAAGUUCGAGCAUCAGUACAAGGAUCAGAUCAGCGAACGAAAUACCCUCUUGUUGACGAUUUACCAGUACAUCGACAAGCUUUUAAGCAGUGGAUCUACUCAUAGGAGGAUCAGUAGUGCACACGAUGCCAAACCGUUCUCGAACUUUACAGUUUUCCACGAAAGUAUCAUCAAUCGACUCAAAAGCUUGGGAGCCAUGCAAUCGGGAUUUGAUACGAAGAUCAAGGAGGUUGAGAAGAAACUUGAGAAACAGUACAUCUCUUUGAAGCGACAGCAUGAUAGUAGGAUGAGGCAACUGGAUCAAUUCGAAACAACCAUCAAAGCAGCCACCGACACCCAGCGCCAAUGGCGCGCGCGACUGACGACGAAACAAGGAGAAGUGGAAGCAGCAAAGGAGACGUGCAACGAGCUACAGAAGCAAAUCAGUUCAUUGAAGACGCGAGCGUCGAUAGCAGGCACGAGUCCAGGCUCGAUAACCGAGCAAAGACAAGCCGCGACGAAGGUGACCAACCUGGAGAAGAAGCUAGCGGCGACUCAGAACCAGCUCAAACUGACGGAAGAGAAGUUCAACGAAGCCAAGCUCAAAGUGGCCACCGUCGAAUCCAGCUGGCAGGCACGCUUGAAAGAGCUCCAGGAUCGUAAUAAGGAGUUGGAGGAGAAAGUCAAGCGCGAGAAGAAGUCCGCUAAGGAACGUAAAACUGACCUCGAUAAUCAAGUCUCCGAGUUGAAAGACCAGAUCGUCAUGUCUGAUCAACGUUCUAAACAACUGGAGGAACUCUUGAUAUCUAAUCAACAAAAAAUCCAAUCCCAGGCCAAAUAG